GGACCUCCUGGCUUACCUGGUCUCAAAGGUGACCCUGGCUCCAAGGGUGAAAAGGGACAUCCUGGUUUAAUUGGCCUGAUUGGUCCUCCAGGAGAACAAGGGGAAAAGGGAGACAGAGGACUUCCUGGAACUCAAGGAUCCCCAGGAGUAAAGGGUGAUGGGGGUAUUCCAGGUCCUGCUGGUCCCAUAGGUCCACCUGGUCCUCCAGGCUUACCGGGUCCUCAAGGUCCAAAGGGUAACAAAGGCUCUAGUGGGCCUGCUGGCCAGAAAGGUGACAGUGGUCUUCCAGGACCUCCUGGGCCUCCGGGUCCACCUGGUGAAGUCAUUCAGCCCUUACCAAUCUUGUCACCCAAAAAAACAAGAAGACACACAGAAAGCUUGCAAGCAGAUGCAGAUGAUAAUAUUCUUGAUUACUCGGAUGGAAUGGAAGAAAUAUUUGGUUCCCUCAAUUCCCUGAAACAAGACAUUGAGCAUAUGAAAUUUCCAAUGGGCACUCAGACCAAUCCAGCCCGAACCUGCAAAGACCUGCAACUCAGCCAUCCUGACUUCCCCGAUGGUGAAUAUUGGAUUGAUCCUAACCAAGGCUGUUCAGGCGAUUCUUUCAAAGUUUACUGUAAUUUCACAUCUGGUGGUGAGACGUGCAUUUAUCCAGACAAAAAAUCUGAGGGAGUAAGAAUUUCAUCAUGGCCAAAGGAGAAACCAGGAAGUUGGUUUAGUGAAUUUAAGAGAGGAAAACUGCUUUCAUAUUUAGAUGUUGAAGGAAAUUCUAUUAAUAUGGUGCAAAUGACAUUCCUGAAACUUCUAACCGCCUCUGCUCGGCAAAAUUUUACCUAUAACUGUCAUCAGUCAGCAGCCUGGUAUGAUGUGUCAUCAGGAAGUUAUGACAAGGCAGUUCGGUUUCUGGGAUCAAAUGAUGAGGAGAUAUCCUAUGACAAUAAUCCUUUCAUUAAAGCACUGUAUGAUGGCUGUGCGUCCAGAAAAGGCUAUGAAAAGACUGUGAUUGAAAUAAAUACACCAAAAAUUGAUCAAGUACCUAUUGUUGAUGUCAUGAUCAAUGACUUUGGUGAUCAGAAUCAGAAGUUUGGAUUUGAAGUUGGUCCUGUUUGCUUUCUUGGCUAAGAUUAGGACAGACAUCAUAUGAAAAAAAACCGAAAAUAUACCUUGGUGCCACCAACCCAUUUUGUGCCACAUGCAAGUUUUGAAUAAGGAUGGUAUAGAAAACAACAUGCUACAUACUGGUACCAUUUAGGAAAUACUGAUGCCUUUAUGGGGGAAAAAAAUCACAUGACAAAAACUUUGAAAAUCAUAAAGAUAUAAGAUAGUGUGGCUGAGAUGGAAACAGGGCUGAUUCUGGAUUCCGAAUUCUCAUCUCUCCUUUUCCUAUUUGAAUUUCUUUGGUGCUGUAGAAAACAAAAAGAGAAAAAUAUAUAUUCAUAAAAGAUAUGGUGCUCAUUCUCAUCCAUCAAGGAUGUGCUAAAACAGUGUGUUUAAUAAAUUGUAAUUAUUUUAUGUACAGUUCUAUACCGUUAUCUAUGUGUCCCUUUCCAAAACUUGCACGUGUCCCUGAAUUCCACCUAACUAAUUUUAUGACAAUUGCAGAAUUAUGAUGGCAAUAAAUAUAUGUAUAAUGAAAAAAAAUAAAGUUGUAAUUUCUGACGACUCUAACUCCCUUUCUUUGGUGAAUAAUAAAAUGCCUUUGUAUAUAUUGAUGUCAAAGAGUUCCAUUAUUUGAUGUCGCCAAUAAAUUUCUCAGAGGGCAAAACCCUGGAAGACUUUUGGAAGCACACUCCGAUCAACUCUUCUCUGCUGACAAUUAUUUCCGCUGAAUUUCAGCCAGAAAGAUCAUGCAUUUUGAUGCUUUAUUCAAUGCUAUACCUCAAACUAUUUUUUCUCAGAGUCCAGGAUUUCACAGGAUACUUGUAUAUAUGGAAAACAAACAAGUUUAUAUUUUUGAACAGGGAAAUAUGUAUGAGAAAUUAAUUUAACAAAUCAGUGCUUCCAUCAAGCAAACGAUCAUAUGUACAAUUUUUUUCUACUUUAUCUCAUCUCAUUGUUUUCAGUGUGCUUCAGUAAUGCAGAUUAAUAUUAAAGAUGGAAAUUUAACAAUUAUUUAUGAAUUUGUGCAAUGUCAGAUUUUCUAAGCAAUCGACUUCUUGAAUUUGAUUCUAAGUUGCAUAUUAUAAUAGUCUCAGAUAUUUUAUCUGCCCAACAAAUAUUAUUUUUUUCCUUUUGAAUGAUUUUAUAAGUCAUUUGACCUACCUAAUUUCUGAAUAAUAUAUGGUUGAACUGUUAAUGACAGUGUUUGUUUUAAAAGUCAUACUUAUUCAAGGCAAUCAAAACAUUUUUUUUCCACUAAGGUAUUUUCUUUCAGGUAGCUUGAAAUAGCAAUAAAAUAUAAAAAUUACAAACUGAACUUUGUAUCUAUUUUAAGUAAUAUAUGUAAGACUUGAAAAUAAAUGUGUUAUUUCUUAUAUAAAAUGUUAAAUUAAUUGAUACCAGACUCCACUGGAACAUUUUCAACUGAUAAUUUAUCACAAAAGAGCAUACCUGUAAUAUUGAAAUUAAAACAUGAACAUAUGUCAUUCAGAAUUUCUUUUAUUUUUGAAAUCAAGUUUGUAAAUGUCCUUUUAAUAAGGGAGAUAUGAAUCCUAUAAAUAAACUCAAGUCUUGUCUACCUGGA